UGGUAAUGGUACUGUCAAAAGUAAUAAUAUACUGAAUAAAGUUGAUGCAAAUGGUAGUAUUGCUGCUAGAAGUAAUAAUAUACUGAAUAAAGCUGGUGUAAGUACUAGUAAUGCUGCUAGAAAUAAUAAUAUACUGAAUAAAAGAACUGAAGAAGAUACU